UGUACGGAGCGAUUGCGGAAGAGCUGUCCCGUCAACACCAGUGGCCCCCGUCUCUGGAUUGCGGUCGCUGGGGUUUCUCCUCCAUGUAAUCACUGCGGUGACAAGCUAAUCCCAGCGCCCCGUCCAGAGAGGGACACUGGUCGACUCUGGUGAAGGCAGGCGAGCUGAAGUUUGCAAGUGCAGGAAGGAACUGCAGAUGCUGGUUUAAAAAGAAGCUAGACGCCAAAAAAAGCUGGAGUAACUCAGCGGGACAGGCAGCAGCAUUUCUGGAGAGAAGGAACAGGUGACUUUUCGGGUCGCGGCACCGUCUUCAGUGUGAAGACAGACAGCACUCCAGUCUUUAGUGUCCAUCUGAAGUUUGUAAAGACUACUUCCUGCAAGUAUAGAAUGGCAAAGUCAGCUUUUCUGCUUCUGUUAACUUGUGCGUCCGUUGCACACUGUGCAAAACUGUUAACCGUGGCCCUGAUGGGUGGAAGUCAUACUCUUAUGAUGGACGAAAUCUCAAAGAUCCUUGCAAGAGGGGGCCAUAACGUGUCGAACUUCCAUCAGGUAGUCUAUGCUCUAGACGGACCCAAGGCCGUGCGGGAUGAUUAUACUUACAUUCCUUGGGCUAUUGGAGGAAGCUACCCAGAAUCACACCGGGGUGUAAAGCAAGCCUUAGCACAUAGUGCUCUCAGUGGAAAGUAUUCGAUCGAGCAAUUCCUCUCAAUCUUGCGUUUGCACGCUUACGAAUGCGACAAGCUGCUGUCAGACUUGGACGUACUGGCCAGGCUGAGGAAGGAGAAGUUUGAUCUGCUGGUUAUAGAGGCCUUUCACUUCUGCACCUUCCUGCUAGCCGAGAAGCUCGAGGUCCCCUUUGUUGCCAUCUACGGCACCUCAUCCUAUAACGUGCGCAACCUCCACGUGCCGUCGAACCCCAGUUACGUGCCUGCCUUCAUGUCCCACCUGUCGGAUAGCAUGACCUUCCUUGAGCGUCUGUACAACGCCUGGGUACUACUGCUGGGUUACUUUGCCGAUCAGAGGUGCUUCAGUUGCUUCGACCAUGUUAUCCAGAAGCACUUCCCUGGUCAGGACGUGAACCUGGAGGAGCUGCAUCGUAAGGCUGAGCUCUGGAUCUACAACACCGGCUUCUCCCUGGAAUACCCGCGGCCGUUGCUGCCCAAUGUGGUCUUUGUGGGCAGUUACCUUUCCAAACCCGCCGAGCCGUUGCCCCAGGAAAUGGAAGAAUUUCUAGCAGGGGACCACGGCUUCAUCGUGGUUGCUUUGGGGACGAUGGUGGAGUCAAUUUCCGAUCGGCAGUUGAUUGAGAAGAUGAUCAGAGCUUUCUCUCGGCUACCACAGAAGGUCAUUUGGCGAUUUAACAAUGUCUCCUGGCCUUCUGACAUCAGCCUGCCAGAUAAUGUGAAAAUAUACAACUGGCUUCCACAGAAUGAUUUACUGGGCCAGCCACAGAUCCGAGCGUUCCUUUCUCACGGUGGGAUCAACAGUUUGCACCAAGCGGUGUACCACGGGGUCCCAGUGCUGGGGUUGCCGCUCUUUUAUGACCAGACGGACAACGUCAUCCGCCUGCAGAGCAAGGGAAUGGCCCUUUAUAUCACCGUGGGCGAGCUGGAAGAAGAGGCUCUGGUCGCCAAGCUGACACAACUCAUAACCAUUCCCAGCUUCAAGCAGAAUGCCCUCAGGACAAGUAAGCAGCUAAGGUACCAACCAUUCUCUGCGGCCGAACUCACCAACAGAUGGAUCGACUCAAUACUGAAGGUCGGAAGUGGGGACCACUUAAAACCUCAUUCUUACCAAAUGCCCACCUAUGAGCUGUAUCUACUGGACGUCUGUGGCUUUGUGUUGGCAGUUGUGGUUCUGGUGUUAUUCUGUGUCUACAAGAUCUCCAGGAGCCUGUUAUCCAAACUCUUAGAACAAUUUCAGCCCCCCACAACUGAAGAAAAACAGAAGACCACAUAGGAGAAUGUUCCAGGCCGAAGUAUAUACGUGUUAUAGGCACACAUACAUAUAUCUCUAAUAUGUUUUAUUUUUAUAUAUUUUACUAAAAGUCUGAUCUUGACCACUUCCUGUUCUGUAUAUUGAUUUUAGAAAAAACGCUGCGAUUUUUGGCCAUCUUACUCCGAGUCCCCCUCAGCUGCACAGGAUGAGGAUUUUUCCCAUCGAUGAAAAAUAAAAGAUUAUUAGUGUUUUAAAAA